AUGUCUUCAGCAAAUGCACACGACUUGCUCUCGGGCCGGAUCGGCGUAGACGAGAAAAUCGUUACCUACCGUCUCCUCAGUCGAGAACUCAAGGUUCAUGUUAACACGGCCAAGCAACUUCUCUUCGAGUACUACCAAUCAUGCAAAACAUCGUCAAAAUCCAUCCAUGCGACGUAUGUCAUCACGGGCCUUCGGCAACCAAAGGCGGAUCCUGUGGUCAAGAAUGAAGUCGACCAGAACGGUGACACCGAGAUGGAUGACGCGGAACCCGAGUUUCAAACUCAGACUUCACUAUACGAGGCCGGGCAGCUGGUAAAGACGAUCUGUGUGGUCCCUGAGGAGAAAUUGGAGGCUGUGAAGGAAAAGUUUAGCAAGAUUACGGGUGUUCACAUCUACAGUCUCCAGCCUGCGCCACUAAAGGAUCUGUCGUUGCUGACGACUCCAUCGUAUGAUUUACGGCACAGCACGAAGUACAAUACAGGGCAGACCUCGGACGAAUUGGGACAGGCGUAUGGUUCUAUCAUCAGUGCUACCGCUAAGAGAAGGACGGGCGUGGCUCCAGUACCAGCACCCGUGAGCGCGAAGCCGAGUCCAGCACUGCAAAAAGCUGCGGCAUCAGCAAAGUCUUCACCAGUACCGACACCAAAGCCUACGGCUGCUUCGCAAAAUAAGCCGGAGACGACGCCUGCCAACAUGGGUACCGACGCGAAGCCCACACCACCGACAGCUUCAACUCCAGCAACCGCUACAGCAAAAAGAACAGCAUCAGCCAAAUCCACCAAAGCGCCAACGCGAACGAAGAGUAACAUCAUGGCUUCCCUAAAAGCGAUGCCACCCAAACCCAAACCGACGCCCAAGGAGGUGAAAGAGGAGGUAAUACAAGCGUCGGAAUACGACGAUCCGGAAGCCAUGGAUGUGGAUGAGGAUGUAGAAGAAGCACUCCACCUCGAAGACAAACGAAAGAAGCAACUCGCGGACCUAAGCACAAUGAUGGAAGAACCCGACGCGCCUGCCGUGGAAGACGCAGAUGUGGAGACACCCACACCAGCAGCCGAGGACGCGGAAAGCAUGCAAGAGGAAAGUCAGAUUACGAUGAAUGCCGACGCACCGGAUAGCCAGACCUCCGUGGCUCCACCCGUUGCGGGAGGAUCUGGCACGAAGCGUAAGCGACGAGCGGUGAAGAAGAAGACGACUGCGAUGGAUGAGAAAGGGUAUUUGGUUACGAAAGAGGAGACGGUGUGGGAGUCGUAUGACGAGGAGGAGCCUGCGCCUGCGUCAAAGGUGCCGGCUCUGAAGAGGACGGAAAGUAAAGGACCAGUUGCCAAGAAGGGUGGGAAGAAGGCAGCAGGAACGGGACAGAGUACUUUGAUGGGAUGGUUUGGAAAGAAGUAG